CGCAAAGCAUCUUGGGAAAAAAUCGAUCAGCAGGCAGCAAUAGAUUUCAACAUGUCUGCCUUCGGCUGUCGAUAAAGGAGUUGUUUGUUUCGGCUCAGCAGUAAACCCGUGAGCUCGGUGAAGAAACAAACGACAGCAGGUGCUCAUGGCUCAGUGCGUGCAGUCUGUGCAGGAGUUCAUCCAGGACUCGUUCGUGCCGAUGGUGGCCGUCCUGUGCAGCGAAGAUGCGGAACGAGUGACCCGCAAAAACAACCUGAGUUUUCCCGAGCUGCUGCGGCCUUUCUGCCGCCUGACGUCCGAGGGUCACCUGCGUGACCCCAAUAACCAGGUGGUUGUGGUGAAGGGGCUCCGGAUCAGUGUGACGGGGAUCAACACGAAGCCUCCCCAGACCCCAGAACUGCAGAGACUCCUGAGUCAGGCGGUCUCUGUUUGCCAGCCCCCUGAGGGAUCACCCUCCAAUGUCAUCACGGCUGGAGAUUACGACCUCAACAUAAGCGACCGCACGGUCAAAGCGAGCGUUCCCUGGUACUCUGACUGGAAAGAAACAAUCACCCAGCUGAGCUCAUCCAAGUACUAUACAGCAACAACACCAUGGUUUGAGACCUACAGGGAAAACUUUUUCCAGUCCAUGCCUGCCUCCGAGCACGAGUUCCUCAGCCACUACCUGGCCUGUAUGCUGGUGGUGUCGUCGUGUGAGGCGGUGCCCACAGAACAGUUCCUCAAACUCUCGCAGGAGCAGCACAGAAUCCAGCACAGUGGAGAAUACACCUUCCCCAAAUGGUUCAUCCCCAACACGCUCAAAUAUUACGUCCUGCUCCACGACAUCAGCGAAGGAGACGAGCAGAGGGCGGACUCUGUGUAUGAAGAUAUGAAACAGCGAUAUGGUCCUCAGGGCUGCUAUCUGCUGAAGAUAAACUCCCGGAGUGAUGCCACGGGUGCGGAUGAACAAAUGCCAGACCCCUGGAGUCAGUACUUGCACAAGACCAGCAUACACAACCCUGAGCUCUACGAAGAGUCUGCAGUAAACAACGUUGUUGAAAAUAAUGUUGGCGCUGUGGAAGAUGGUCUCGAUUUGGCUGCAAAAGACAUCUCCAAGUCGCAUCCUCUGCAGCUGGACCAGCCCACUGAUACUUGUUACCCUGGCAACAACCGCAGUCAAUCCGCUAACAGCGUGGAUAUGACAAGACCACAAAAACAGAGCAGCGUGACCCCUGUGACCCCUCGCGGGACCUGCCUGACCCUAAAUGACCACGACCGCAUCCGGCAGUUUCUCCAGGAGUUCACCUUUAGAGGGUUACUGCCACACAUCGAGAAAAAUAUACGGCAGCUAAAUGACCAGCUCGUGUCAAGAAAAGGUCUGAGUAGAUCUCUUUUCUCUGCAACUAAAAAGUUGUUUGGUGGAGGGAAGGUUCCAGAAAAGAGUAUUGCUGAUUUAAAGAACACCGCAGGGCUGCUAUAUCCCUCAGAGGCUCCUGAACUUCAGAUCAGAAAGAUGGCGGACCUCUGCUUCCUGGUUCAACACUAUGAGCUGGCCUACAACUGCUACCACACUGCCAAGAAAGACUUCCUCUCUGACCAAGCCAUGCUGUACGCUGCUGGAUCACUGGAGAUGGCUGCAGUUUCGGCCUUUCUCCAGAGCGGGGCGCCCAGGCCGUUCCCGGCACACUACAUGGAAACGGCCAUACAGACCUAUAGAGAUGUGUGCAAAAACAUGCUCCUGGCUGAGCGGUGUUGUCUUUUAAGUGCUGAGAUAUCAAAGAGUCAAGCCAAAUAUUCGGAGGCUGCCACACUCCUCAUCAAGAUGACCAGUGAGGACUGUGACCUGCGAAGUGCGCUACUAUUGGAGCAGGCAGCUCACUGCUUUAUCAAUAUGCGCACCCCCAUGGUGAGGAAAUUCGCCUUCCACAUGAUACUGGCUGGUCAUCGUUUCAGCAAAGCUGGACAGAAGAGGCAUGCACUGAGAUGUUAUUGCCAAGCGCUGCAGGUUUAUAAAGGGAAAUGCUGGACACUAGCUGAGGAUCACAUUAACUUCACCAUCGGUCGACAGUCCUUCACUCUCCGGCAGCCAGAGAACGCAGUGGCCGCCUUCCGGCACAUUCUCAUCAAUGACAGCAAACAGUCGGCUGUACAGCAGGCGGCUUUCCUCAGGGAAUACCUCUAUGUGUACAAGAGCAUGAGUCAGUUAUCCGGCGAGGCCUCUCUUCCUCAGCUGCCUCUGCCCUGCCUGCACAGCUCACAGACGCGUGUGUUCUUCGGCCAUGAACGCAGACUCGCUGAGGGUGAGAAGCAGGCCGCCACACACGUCACUUUGGACCAGGAGUAUGACCGUGACCUCUCACAGCUGUGGAGGGAGUUGGAGGAACAGGUUGUCCCCGCGGCGAACAGAGGGACGGUGCCUGUCGCCUUCCAACCAUCCCAGUGCUGCCUGAACAGCCAGACGGACAACCUCAGAUAUCCCCUGGCUGUUGUUGAGGAACCCAUCAUUGUGGAGCUGGUGUUCCGUAACCCCUUGAAGGUUCCUUUGGUGCUGUCGGCUCUUUCUCUGCUGUGGAAGUUUACUCUGAAAGACUUCUCUGGCCCUCAGGUAGGCACGAUCGGAGAAACCAUCACCAAUGAAAAAGAGGCUGCGUCUUCAAAAGAAAACGCAGCCCUCAAUGACAUCAUGGACACGCAAGUCAUUCCAGAGUUCACAGUGAGCCCAGAGGAGACCAAAGUGGCCCGCUUGAGGUUGUUACCUCGAAAGACCGGAGAGCUGCAUGUUCUCGGGGUGGUUUACAACCUGGACACUACAGAUGUGGGCAGCAGUGAAGACUCACCACCCAGUGAACUGAUGUGUGUGCGUGGACAACAGAAUCUGGAGAUUCAGGGGCCCAGGCUCAACAUGACCAAAGAAGAAAAGACCUCAGUGAGCUAUGGACCAGACCGCCGCCUAGAUCCCAUCAUCACGCCCCCUAUGCCUUUACUGGAGGUGUUUUUCAUUAACUUUCCGACUGGUUUACUGUGCGGUGAGAUUCGAAAAGCGUGGGUAGAAUUUGUCAAUGUUAGCGCAGUCCCGCUCACCGGCCUGCGGGUGGCGUCAACUCACCCAGAGUUCUUUACAUUCGGGAGCGCGACCUCUGACCUCACCCCAGUGACCCCCACGGCAGCAGAGCACUGCUCCGCCUACAAAACUUUGGACACGCCCCCCUCAGUGGCAGCAGUGGCCCUUGUGUCGCCAGCAGCGUUCGGAGUCACCGGCGGUGACAGGCCGGCUGUGACAGAGAUUCCCUUAUCAAGAGGCGUGUUAGGACCGGGAGAGGCGUUACAGAUUCCACUGUGGCUCAGGGGGCCUGACCGGGAGGGCGUCCAUGAGAUCAACUUCCUGUUUUAUUAUGAGAGCACAGAGAAGACUGCCAAACUCAGUCACCGGGUACUCCGUCAUACGGCUUUCAUCUGCGCUAGCCGCUCUUUGAGCGUCAGAGCCACGGCCAGCCGCAGCAACACGCUGCAGGAUGGAGAAAGAGAGCAGAGAGGGACAGAGGAGAAAAACAGCAGCAUGUUGGUCUUUGUAGACGUGGAGAACAUCAACACGAGUGAAGCGGGUGUUCGUGAGUUCCAUAUAGUUCAGGUGUCCAGUAGCAGUCGGCAGUGGAAGCUUCACAAGUGCAUCAACCCUGCUGGAGAUAAAGACUCGAAGCUGGCCAGCAGGGAGAGAGGGAAGCUGUGCUUCAGAGCCAUCAGAUGCCGAACAGAGGAAGGUGCAGUAGAAAAAUACACCUUUGCCGACCUUAACCUUGGCAAUGAUCAAAUCGUCAGCUCUACCACUCCAUGCGCUGACUUCUUUUUCCGAAGGAGUUUACCCCCUGAACCCAGGAGAGGGGGCGUGUCCACAGGCGGUGCCAAUCAAAUGCGGAGACAUAGCCUCACGCCACAGAACACGAAUGAGGACUGCAUGACGAGUAUCAUCAAAAAAUGCAGCGAAGUAGAGCUGGACAUCAUCGUCCUCUGGAAGGCAUAUGUUGUGGAGGAUAACAAGCAGCUUAUUUUAGAGGGACAGCUUCACGUUGCACUUCAAACCAUUGGCAAAGAGGUCUGCUCGCUCUCACAGAAAGAGGAGACUCAGGAGAUGGUGCUUUUGAAGUUCAAGCCAGACGUCCUGCCCCCUAUAAGCAAGCCCUCGCUGGAGCAGCUUUCCCACCUCAUAAAGACCUGUCUUCACUACCCCGAGUCUUAUGAUCAUCCCUUUCCACAAAAGAGUUUAUGUAUGGUACCAGUUACCCUGACGUUGUCCAACUGUUCCUUGGCUCAGGUAGACGUCAUCAUUGAUCUGCGACACAAAACCACCAGCCCAGAGUCGUUGGAGGUGCAUGGUUCUUUCACCUGGCUUGGCCAAACCCAAUAUAAGUUACAACUGCAGGCACAAGAGGUGUACAGGCUUUCCUUGAAGGCAUGCUUCUUCCAGGCUGGAGUUUAUAACCUGGGCACGCCUCGUGUCUUCGCCAAGAUGGCACAGACCAGCGCUAUGUGUGAGACCAGCCAGCAGAGCGCCAUGCCUGCCCUCAUUAUCAUCAACAGCGUUUGAGUAACUCAACGUUUCUCUAACUUUGAUCCAACAUUUCCUUCUUUAAAGACUUGGCACAGCUAAAUAUCGAAAGCGGACUUCCAAGAUUUUGUACUUCUUGCUAAAACUAAUCUAAAAUAAUAAAAAAAAUACACAAAUAUUUCAAUUUAACACUGCAUCUGAUGUGCUCGUAAGACCUGCGAUGGUGAGGUAAACACAAACAGACUCUUCUAGGUGUUUCGUCUUAAUGCAACGAAUUGUGCGUCUAAAGUGUGACUGGAUCUUUUUUCCCCCAUCUUAAUUUAUCUUCUUUUCAAACAUGUAUCAUCUGAGGGUUUCUCUUUUAUGUAACAUUUCUGUUUUUAGAACUUGAUGAUUUGCCCACAUAUGUUGUAAUGUACAUUGAAAUGGCUAUGCAUCUGCCUUAUACUGCCCUGCUGUCUGUCUCACGGUUCUCUACUUUGCCCUGUUGCCACAGUAACAAAAAACAUCUCUUCAGUUCCUUAAUCUGGCAAAAUUAAACGCCGCAACCUGAUAUCAUCUCAGGUUCUUAAAGGACGAGGUAUUGUGUGCUAAUGAGGACUUAAGUGGAAUUUCUGUGACCUUAUGAGAAGUCAGUGGAAUCGGUGUAGUUUGGUGAAGAGCCAUCUUAAUGUUCGUAACCCAAUAAGAAAAUGGCAGAAUCUGUGUUGCCCUAACAGCAUAGACUACGUAACUGUGACACCAAGAGGAGAAAAGUCACUGCCUGUGUGAGGGUACAUUUUUGUUUGGGCAUCUGUGUGUGAGUGGGCUGUGAUGUGAUGUUUUCACUGGACGAAUUUAAAUUUUCUACAACCAAACGUGUCCCACCACCUCAGUUCAUCUCAUCACUCCAAUAAUCUGUUAUUUAAAUGUAUCUACAUGACUGCUUUUCUGAGAAAAUGAUGUAUUAUAUUUAUAACAAAUUACUGUACAUAGAAUAAAAUGUAACCAAUAAC